AUGGCGAGAUUGUCAAAUCCCUUGGGGUUUACAAGAGGUCCCGUUACCGUCAUCACUACUUUGGUCUAUCUUGCAGUCAUCAUUACACUCAUCGUUAUUCAGACUGGUGUCCCUUCCCCACCAAAGUCACCCACUCCCAUCCAUGGCAUCAACUUGACAGAAGCAUGGCAGGAUCUACAACUGCUUUCCUCCUCCUACCAUCCCUAUAACAGCCGACAAAACGACCAUGUUCAUGACUGGCUGCUGGACAGAGUCCAAUCCAUUAUCAACGAGAACAAUGCGUCCUCCAACUCCUCCACCACAGCGCAUGUUUUCGAAGAUAAUGCCUCCAAUUUGACCUUCUCGUCGGGUGGCUUUGCCACUGCUUCAGGAGUAAGUGUCUAUUUUGAAGGCACCAACAUCAUCAUCUAUGUUCCCGGCACUGAAGAUGAUCAAAAAACAUGGUGGAAAGAGCCGAAUGGAAAACCAUCCACGCGCAACGCAGUAUUAGUCAAUGCCCACUACGACAGUGUUUCAACUGGUUUCGGGUCAACAGAUGAUGGUGUUGGGGUCGUGACUGUCUUGCAGCUUCUCAAAUACUUCACUACCCCCAAGAAUACGCCGAAGAAUGGUGUGGUACUUCUUUUGAACAAUGGUGAGGAGGACUUCUUAAACGGGGCCAAUGUUUUCAGCCAGCAUCCCAUGUCAAAGGUCGUCAGCACAUUCCUCAACCUUGAGGGUGCUGGAGCUGGUGGAAGAGCGACGCUCUUCAGAAGCACAGAUGAGGCGGUGACCAGAGCAUAUGCCAAAAGCCCAUAUCCCUUCGGCACAGCCACAUCCAACGAUGGCUUCAACCGAGGUCUGGUGCGUAGUCAGACUGACUAUGUUGUAUUCAACGGUAUACUAGGGCUGCGAGGUCUUGACGUUGCUUUUAUGGGCCCCCGUGCACGAUACCACACUAAUCAAGACGACAGUCGCCACACUGGGCGAAAAUCAUUGUGGCAUAUGAUUUCUGCCGCUGUACCCACAACCAAGGCUUUGACUGAGGCAUCUCUCAAGACAAACCUCGAACCCGGCCAUACUCCUGGCCACUCUGCCGUUUGGUUCGAUGUCCUCGGUCGUCGCUUUGCUGUCUUGCGAACGCACUCGUUCUUCGCACUCUCUGUUACUCUUUUGGUGGCUGGUCCAGUUUUCUUGAUACUGACAUUGGCCCUAUUGUACCGUGCUGACAAGCUGUAUUUGUUCUCUGGAUCCAGGUCCUACCACAUGCCCAAUGGUGAUGAUUCGGUUCAGCUCAAUGGCUGGCGUGGCUUUUUCCGAUUCCCACUCAUCCUCCUUGUGUCUUGUGCUGCACCAGUUGCACUCGCUUAUCUCAUACUCAAGGAAAACCAAUUCAUCGCCCACAGUAGUGAAUGGGCGGUAUGGAGCACAAUGGUCUCGUCCUUCAUCUUCGUUGCCUGGUUCCUUUGCAGAACAGCCGACUUUGGGAGACCAUCGUCUUUAACUCGUGCGUACGGCCUUUCUUGGCUCUGGGUCGGAUGGUGGGCUCUGUUGGUCGCCUCUACCGUUUUCGAGGAACACUACCACCUUCUUGGGACGUAUUUCAUUCUCAUCUACACUGCCUCGGUCUUUGUUGCAACUUGGCUAUCGUAUCUUGAACUAUUCUCUCUGCCUAAGAAGUCGACGUACUGUCGUGGCAAAGUCGGCGACGACUACUCUUCGUCUCGUUCGGACAGUUCCAUCCAUGGAGCUCAGGGCCCUUCGGCAACUACGCAGGACGAUGAUGCUGGCAACAACGAAGACGAUGGGGAAGACGAGCCAACUGAAACAUCAAGUUUGCUCAAAAAUCGGGGCAGGUCUUCGUUCAAAGGCUACACCCGACCAGCUGAUGAACAGAGUCCUGAUUCGACACGCAAAGAUGAAAAGGGCGAUAGUUACGAAGAACAAGAAUGGAGUAAAUCUCAGUGGUCCUCAUGGUGGUUGCUGCAGCUUCUGGUCCUGGUACCUGUCAAUGUCAUCAUCGUCGGGCAAAUCGCCCUCUACACGACCGAGGCGUUGCAUCAGACAGGCCAAGAUGGUAGUUCCAUGUUCUUGGUCUAUCUCAUGAUGGCAGUGUCGACAAUUAUUCUUUUCUCUCCGAUUGUACCCAUCCUGCACCGCUUCAGCUGGCACAUUCCUAUCUUCUUACUGCUCGUGCUGAUCGGCACACUUGUCUACAACUUGGUUGCAUUCCCUUUCUCUGCCGACAAUAGAGUCAAGCUCUUCUUCAUUCAACAAGUUGACCUGGAUAUUGGCAACAACACGGUGUCCCUGCAGGGCGUGACUCCGUUCUUGCGAGAUGCGAUUGAGCAGUUGCCUAGUGCAGCUGGGCAAGAGUUGAAUUGUGUUCAGGCGGGAUUCGCUAACAACCUCGAAAAAUGUUCGUGGGAGGGGCUGCCACCUAACGUAGCCAAUCAAGCUGCAACUGUCUCUUCGAAGCUCAAGUACAAAGGCUGGGUGACCUUCAACUCUACCCGUGUCAAUGGUAGUGACAGUGACAACAAAGCGCGUUUCGUCGUAGCCGGGAGGAAUACACGGGCAUGCAAAUUGACCUUUGACACUCCAAUCACCGCAUUCAGUGUUCAAGGACAGGCAGCGCGGGACAAGAGGUUUUCACCUGUCCCAGAAGCCGGCAGUGGUGAAAUUCGCUUGUGGUCACGAACAUGGGACCGCAGUUGGACGGUAGACGUUUCUUGGGACAACUCUGAGGAAAAGAAUUCAAGCAUGAGCGGCAAAGUGGUCUGCUUAUGGAGCGACGCCAACCAGAAUGGUGUGAUACCUGCUUUUGACGAGGCACUGCAUUAUGUGCCUGACUGGGUAGCCGUGACCAAAGCUGGGGACGGUCUGGUGGAAGGAUAUAAACGCUUCACCAUUAAGUGA